UAAUCGGCUUAACUAUUCGACUAUAAAUUAUAAUCACAUCCACUUCCACAUCUUUUAAAUCAUUAGCAAAUGUAACUUGCGUUAAACUCUAGUAAAAACAAACGUCGCGUUACUCUUGUAUCCCAACUUUAAUGCUCAAGUACAGACGUUAAUAGUUAAAAGAUAAUUAUUUCAGUGAGAUAAUGAUCCAGACAAACAUGGGGGAUAAUGUCAUGAAGGUUAUUCUAGUGGGCGACUGGGGAGUCGGCAAGACAUCCCUACUACUGCGGUAUGUGAACGACACUUUCAACCAGAGCUGCACAUCAACUAUAGGAGUCGACGUCAGUAUUCGAAGAUUAGAUGUGAAGGGCGUGAGAGUAAAGAUGAUCCUGUGGGACACGGCAGCCCAGGACAGGUUCCGGCACAUCCUCUCCAGCUUUUACCGGGGCGCCAACGGUUUGGGCUUUGUCUUCGACCUGACGAACAUGGAGAGCUUCCAGAGCGUUAACCGCUGGGUGCAGGUGGCGCAGCAGUGUGGCGCGGAGUGUCGCGUCAAGAUGCUGGUGGGAAACAAGGCAGACCUCAAACACGUCGUCAGUAGAGACGCGGCUCUGUCGCUGGCCACGGCGAUAGGAGCCCAGUACAUAGAGACCAGCGCUAAGGAGGCGACCAAUGUGCAGCAGGUGUUCACCAACAUGGCUGAGAUGUGGGUGGAUCAGCUGCAAGAACAGGGAGUCUCAGCUGAAUUUCAAAGGCCAGCCGUCAGUAUUUCAGCUCACAGUGUACAAGGCUACGGGUGUUUAGGAUCUGAUUCCUGUUCCACACUGUAAAU